AGGAAGAGAGAGCGUGUGCUUGUGAGGCUGAGCCUGUCACAGCGACAUGUUCAUGCUCAUUCGAGAGCCGUCCGCCGCAGGAGGCGGUGCCGGAGCCAUGAGCGYGCCGCCGGAGAGGACCCCGAAACAGGUUCAGGCUGCCAUCAAGAAGAAGAUGAAGAAGAAGAAAAGCAUCGACCAGGGCGACGGGCAAAGCGCAGCUCUUCUGCCUCAGAAAUCCCGGCCGCCGGCGCUCCGAGCCGUGACGCCGGCGGCGGAGGAGGACAGCGAGGCCCUGGAGGAGAAGUUGGAGGAGAUGAUGGAGGGACGGCAGAGGAGAAACGCUGAGGCAGAGCUGGAGGAAGAGCCAGAGGAUCUGCUGCCCAUCGUCCACUCCGUGUUUGGACAGAACAGAGAGCUGAGACCAGAGGAGCUUGAAGAGCUACGGGAGGCCUUCGUAGAGUUCGAUAAGAAGAAGAAGGGCUGCAUCAGUCACAGAGACCUGGGGGAGUGCAUGAGGACCAUGGGAUACAUGCCCACAGAGAUGGAGCUGAUCGAGCUGAGUCAGCAGAUCUGCGGUGGUAAAAUAGACUUUGAGGACUUUGUGGAGCUGAUGGGGCCAAAGUUGCUGGCCGAGACAGCAGACAUGAUCGGAGUAAAAGAACUACGAGAUGCAUUCAAAGAGUUUGAUUCUAAUGGGGACGGUCAGAUCAGUUUGACAGAGCUGCGGGAGGCCAUGAAGAAGCUGAUGGGAGAGCAAGUGACCAACAGAGAGAUUAAUGAGAUCCUCAAAGACGUUGACCUCAACGGAGACGGCCAGGUGGACUUUGAGGAGUUUGUGCGAAUGAUGUCUCGGUGAUGUGACGUCAGGUGGACGGGCCUUUGGACAAUGAAAACAAAACAACAACAACAACAAAAAAGAAAAACACUAUACUGCAGUGAAUUUUAUUUUAAUCUAUUGAAAUAAUAUUUUUUAUAUUAAUCUUCAAUAACAAUAUUUACAAAGUGGAAUAGUUCCUACAUAUGAUCAGCUGAAAAAACAUAUCAGCAG